AUGCCUAAAGAAUUCAAAAGUUUUCUUUGUGAGCUGAGGAAGAAGUACAACAGAACGGAGCAUUGUGUUCAUCGACACUCUUGUGUUAGUAAUGUCGUUGAGAGUUUCGGCUACAACUUCACAAUUGGACUUGGAGUUAGUUUUGCUCUCACAUUAGCGCAGAAUAUGUCGACAGUAUUCUCGAAUCCCGUGAAAGUGUUGGACAAGUUACUUUCCAAGACGACCUUGCGAAUACCCACUUUUUUUGGCCUCAUGCCAUUUAUAUACCACACUGUUCGAUGUGCUAUUAACCGACUUCCACAGCGGAGCCACAAAUACAGCAAUAUCGUCGCCGGUUCGGCUUCAGGCCUAGCUUUGUUAGCCUUUCCAAAUGUUUCCAUUUCUAUGUACGUACUUUGGAAGGGUAUCGAGAUGGUCUACCGUGAUUUGGUGCGACAGGGGCGUGUCCGACCGAUGCCGUACGGCGAUUUGUUCCUCUACACUGUAUCGACAGCCUACGUACUCUGGCAGAUUAUAAUCGAGCCGCAAGCUAUCCGGAAAGGCUACCUCAAAUUCCUUCUCGGACUGACUGGGAACAGGUUGGAGAGGUUUUCCAAGUUCAGUACUAUAAAAAUGAGUUCCUUGUUCACUUGCACUCAAAGACUCAAUCCGCAAUUAUCUGAGAGGUGA